GUACCAGUAUGUACAGUACAGUAGUAUCAGAGUCGAGAGGAGUCAGAUAUUUCGUUUAGUUACUGUCUGAGUAAUAUCGCGUCAUGUAAUCUCUGAUUAUUGCAACGAUACAUAGCUUCAUCCAAGUUUUGCAUUCACUUUUGUUUGAUAUACAGUCGCGUUUACGAGCUACAAUUUUUCGUGCGUGGAACUUCAAAGCUUCAAAAUGCGGAGACCUCGACGUCGCGGCUACUGCUCGCGACGACGCCAGUGCACCGGCUGAGAGAGCAGCCUCGAACGCGCGUCCAUUGAGAGAGUGAGAGCCUAUACGCGAAGAAAGAGAGAGAGAGAGAAAGGACGAUCUCGCAGUUGAAAUCUCUAACAGUGUACAUAUUGUACGUGGUGAAGCGGGACAGAGUGCAGUGUACCUAUGCCCCUUUCGGUGCGACACCUCCUCUUCUGGACGAGGAGGAAGAAGCAGCAGCAGCACCAACGAGUGAAACUCGUCUAGUCGACGUUUCAGAGAACUGUUGCAUCUUUGCCGACGCAUCUUUUCUCCCCUCGCAGACACGAGAUAUAUACAGCCAGACUUCUAUUUAUCUCGAGCCAAGAUGUCAUCUGGUCACAGCAGCAGAAGUCGAGCAGUGCAGAUCAGCUCGAUCUUCCAGAAGCUGCAAGGUCGUUUUGCUGACGCAAUGACGCCACCAAAACUCUCCACAGACAAACGAAUGCUUGAUAAGACGUGGAAAUUAAUGGAUAAAGUUGUGAAGCUUUGUCAGCACCAACGCAUGAACCUAAAAAAUUCUCCACCUUUCAUUCUGGAUAUAUUGCCAGACACAUAUCAACGACUGAGGCUCAUUUAUAGCAAAUAUGAAGAUCGUAUGCAUGUUCUUCACAACAAUGAGCAUUUCUGUGUAUUUAUAAACAAUCUAAUGAGAAAGUGCAAACAGGCCAUCAAACUGUUCAAGGAGGGCAAGGAAAAAAUGUUUGAUGAAACUUCUCACUACAGAAGAAAUUUAACAAAACUUAGUUUGGUGUUUAGUCACAUGCUUUCUGAACUGAAAGCCAUAUUUCCUAAUGGAGUGUUUGCUGGUGAUCAGUUUCGCAUUACUAAAGCAGACGCAGCCGAAUUUUGGAAGGAGCGUUUUGGCAACAGUACACUCGUACCAUGGAAAGUGUUCAGGCACGAGUUGAAUCAGGUUCACCCUAUAAGCUCAGGACUGCAGGCGAUGGCGUUGAAGUCAACGAUAGACCUCACGUGCAACGGCUACAUAUCCAACUUCGAGUUCGACGUUUUCACAAGGUUGUUCCAGCCGUGGUCGUCAUUGCUACGCAACUGGAAGAUCCUCGCGGUGACGCAUCCCGGUUACGUGGCUUUCCUCACGUACGACGAAGUGAAGGCGCGUCUGCAAAAAUAUUGCAUCAGCAAGCCCGGUAGCUACGUGUUCCGGCUAAGCUGCACGAGGCUUGGGCAGUGGGCCAUCGGCUACGUCACUUCGGAUGGUGACAUUCUGCAAACCAUACCGCAUAAUAAGAGCCUUUGCCAAGCGCUGCUUGAUGGCUAUCGGGAAGGAUUCUACCUGUAUCCAGACGGUCGCAAUGCAAAUCCAGACCUCACGUGGGCGGUGCAACCGACACCUGAGGAGCACAUUAAGGUCACUGCCGAGCAGUACGAGCUCUAUUGCGAAAUGGGUAGCACUUUUCAGCUGUGUAAAAUCUGCGCCGAGCACGACAAAGACGUACGGAUAGAACCCUGCGGACACUUGCUCUGCACGCCAUGUCUCACCGCUUGGCAGGUAGAUUCCGAAGGUCAGGGUUGUCCAUUCUGCCGAGCGGAGAUAAAGGGUACCGAACAGAUUGUCGUCGAUCCAUUUGAUCCACGGCGGACGCAUCGUCAAGGUGCUCAAUCUGCCACAGCAAGUAACUCGUCGACACCGACUAAGGAUUUGGAUCCCGACACCGAGGCAAUAAUGGAACUAAUAAAUGGCAACGGCAAUUCUUUAUCGGACGAAGAGGAUGACUCUUCACCAGCAACGUCACCGCCGCCAUCCCGACGAAUAGUACCAAGUCCACCACUGCCACCACGACGAUCAUCGCCAUCGCCUACAUCAAACCAACCGAUUAUACGGAACAACGCGACCGGCAGACAUCUCGCCGUGCCCAAGGAGAAUGCACCUCCGCCGCCGGCGAGUACACAGCAGCAGCAAUCUACGGCGCCGCCUGCCGUUACGGUUAUUCUGUCGGCAAAUAACGAUAAUGUUACACCGAACAACAAAGCCAACAGCGAGGCCAGAUACGACAUGCUUCACCGAGCGUCGUCGCUGUCGCCAGUGGCACCAGCGCCGCCGACGGUGAUAAGGCCGCACAGCGCGAGGCCCGCGGCGAUCGCCAAUCGGGCCACGGUGCCGCCGGCUCUGCCUGAGAAAUCGGCCGCGAGGACGGCGAUGCAGCCAUCGGUACCGCCGCCGCUGUCCAUCGCCAGGCCGCCCAAACCAAAGGACAGCCAGAAACAGGACCACCUCUACGAGAACACCAUCAUGAUCGCCGGCACGAAGCAGCACGUCGUGAAAAAUAUCAAUCUCGAGAUGAGUAAAGAGCGACUGACAGCACUGAUGAAAGGCAAAGACGAAAGCGGCAGGCCGAUACCGAAGACCACGGAGAACGCCGCCUACGAAAAUAUCAACGUCGAGCAUAUAUCCAGACUGAUGGCGCUCGGCUUCGCCCAGGAUGCUGUCAUCCGAGCGUUGGGCAUCACGAGGAACGACCUGGAAAUGGCCUGCGACAUUCUUCACGAGUUCGCGCAGAAAUCUUCCUGACCAGCAAGCAACGGCGAGGAGUCCUGACCACCGGUACCGGCCAGGCGAUAUUUAUGACGGGGGGCUCGUAUUAUGAAAAACAAGAAUUACCUACCUCCGCUGCAAGCUGAUAACAAUUGACACGUUGGCCUUCUAUGAGCGAAGAACACUCGUUUAUGAAGAUGGCCGAACGAACGAAGAUUUCAUUUUUUUUUUCAAAAGAGGCGCGUAGACUAGAAAAUCGUGUAGAGCUUUUAGGAAAAGCUAUUCUCUGGUUUUUCUGUUCACACUUCGUUCGAUCGCCUUGUCGUCGCUCAUCAUCAUACAUUGCUUUCGCGAUUUAACAUAAAUUAACAAAAGCAAACAAACGACCAGUCCGACUUUAUCUCUGUACAUUGCGACAUGUGUAGAUAUUUUUUGCGAAUGACGUAGUUGACGAGAUGGACGUUUGUCUCAUGGGAGACGAGAGGAUGAGACUGAGCUUUUCUUUUUUCCUGGGGCAUAUUAUUUUGUUAUACUUUGUUCGUCUGUCUUAAUCUAUGAUGUUAAUUAGUACAACUGUUGCAUCGAAAAUAUCGGAACACACGCUAGUUCUGCAUUGUAGUUACUUGUGAAUGAACGACUGCAACUUUUCUUGAGAAUGAUUAAAUUUUCUUGAUAUUGUGCAAUUUUCGAAAUCAUUAUUUACAAAUCAAAUAGAGAUGAACACUUCCCGAAUCUGUUAAAUGCCAGAGGCUAAUAAUUUUUUUUCUUCGAGCUUGAAAUCGCAAAUCAAUCUCUUAUAAUGUAUAUAUUGAGCCUAUGCUUAUAAAUCGAUCAAACAGUAUACGUUUAUGUAACAUCAAAACUGACACAUUUAGAGUUUUUGAGCAAAUAUAUAUAUAUAUAUAUAUAUAUAUGUACAAAGAUGUUCUUAGUCUUUUAUAUAAACGACCAAUGUUUAGACUUGUUCAAUAAUUGUCAACUUUAUUAGCAUCUUGUAAAAAUACUAAAGUUAGAAAAACCGUCGAUAGGAAUUUGUUGACGAUACAAUGAUGAAUUUGAUUUAGCUAAACAUCAUGCAAUAAAUUAAUUUUUUAUUUAAAAGAAAGAAACUCACAACGUAUAGCGAGUUUUCCGAUAUUUUUAUGCUAUUCCAGAAGUUGUAAAAAGUUAUAUAACAUUUUGUCACGUAUGUAUAAUUUGAAUGUAUAUAUAGUAUCGGUUUAUUAUCGCAAAAAUAAUUUCAAUCAUUUGAUUGAAUCGAAAGAAAAAGGUCCAGAUUUUUAUCGUAAUUUCUUUCGUUUAGUCGUUAAAUUAACUUUUAUUUAGCUUGAAAUUUUAUGCAUCUUCUUAAUUGAAUUUGUGCUGUAACACAUACUUUGGAAUAAGUUAUUUAUUACUUAUUAAGAUUUUUCUAUACGAAUCUCUAUGAGUGAGAGUGCGAAUAUAAUUAUGAAUUUAAAAAAAAAACAAGUAAAAGUAGACAUUUUUUAUUGGAAGUACACUCUUACUAUAAGUUACCUCAUUAGAACAUUUAAUCAUUCAUAUAUCAAUCGUUAAAAAUAACUAUUGCAUAUUUCAUAUUUAUUUAUUGUAUUGAAAAAUAUUGUGAUAUUUAAGUUUAUUCUUGUAUGUGUCUUUCUUCACCAUUCAUAAUCAAAUAAUUUUGCCCCUAUGUAUGUAAAAAUAAAUAGUUCAACGUUGCUGUCGAUCAGCCAAUGAAAGAAAUGAAACACAUUUUAACAAAGGACAGUGCAUUUACUAACUCUAAUAUUUAUGAGUGAUAGAUCGAUUGAAUUUGUGCUAGAAAUAAUUUCAGCUGCAAUGCUAGUAAAUAACUCCUUUUUUUAUAUUAUACUCAUUGACGCAUAGUUCAAAAAUCAUAAAUAAGAAGCUAAAUAUUUUUCUACUAGUAAAUCCAAUUUCGUCAUCGUUGAUUCAUCAAUCAUAUCAUACAGAAAUGCCAUCAUAAAGUAUUGUAGUUGAAUAUAUUCUAUUAAAUAAUCGUGUUAACAAAAAAUAAAAAAUUUGUAUGAGAUUACAUCUAAACAUUUGUUUAUUGUUUUGUCCUUCUUAUAAUACUGUUCAAAAAGUAUAUGUAUUUACAACUUUAAUGGUAAGUUUCUUGCAUCACAAAUAUACAAAAAAUUAAUGAAAAUUCCUUAAGACAAUCUGAAAAAAGUGCAACCUUGAUUGAAACAGGAACAAAUUGUUGUUGUACUAAUGAAUUAUAAUAAUGUUCAGAGAAUUGGAUUUGCAGUUGAUCCAUGUAAACAUUUAUCUGGUUAUAGUUUUCAUUCAUCAUUAAAAAAAUUGACAAUAUUGUCGCAGAAGUAAAUGAUCUUCAAGUUCAUUAACUAUGUAUCUCUUUCUAACUUUCAAAAGUACAAUUAACUACGACUAUCUAUCAAAGUGUCAAUGUUCAAGUUCUUUCUUGAAUCUGUUAUCAAUGAAAAAGAAAAAAAGAAAAAGAAAAAACGCUAGUAAUGCAAUACUUGUAAAAACCUUCUUCCUUUUAAGAUUACGUAAACAUCGAUAAAGAUGUCAAUGAUGUCAAUGGUUAUUAUAACAAUUUUACCGUGAAACAAUUGUCAUUAAUGUUUUAGUAAAAAUGGACAACUUUUAUUGCUUUGAAGUAGAAACUUCUAUUACUAACAUCAUUUCACUGCAACGCUGCGUAUAAAAAACACCUAACAAACAAACAUAAAACAUCUGUACAUCCCUUUAUAGUAUAUGAGAUAAUUCAAAAAUUUAUUGAUUAAAGCAAGAGUGUUUAAUUAAAAGUUUUAAAAGACGUUCAUUUAUACUGCCAAUGUCAUAACUAGAAAACAUUAAAAAAUUUACUGUACCAAUUGUUUAUUUGUCAAGUCAUGUUAAAAAAAGAAUUUUCUUGCAGUAUAUCAAGUCUUAUGUGUAAAUGACUGUUUAAUUAGACUCAAAUUACGAAAAUAUGUUACACGAAGCGUGAUUGAAAAAUGAAAACAAAAAUUAUAAUUCGAUACUAAGCACCUGACUAAUUAAAUUUCUGAUCAGCGCACCAGACUAGUAAAUGUAAUGUCCUAUUUUUCUACAUUGAAUAUUAUCGUUAUUGUAUCCUGUAAUGUGUUAUUAUUCAUGUAUGAGUAAGUUAUCUAGAGUUAUUUAAUUAAAAAGGGAAAAACGAAUGAUUCAGGGCCUUGAAAGCUUUGAACGAAGAACUAUUAGAACAGUCAUAUUAUUGUAACUUAGAAAUUAAAUAAUGAAUUACCUAUGUGGUGCAAUACAUAGUGUAAAGUUUUUCUUAAUUUAAUCAUCGUCUGUAUAAAUUAUUUUAUGUAUUUCUCGAAAAUAAA